AUGGGGGGUUUAGGCAAGACCACCCUUGCUCGAUUGGUACACAACCAUGAGAGGGUGGUCAAAUAUUUUGAUCUCAGGAUGUGGGUGUGUGUCUCUACGGAUUUUGAAGUGAAAAUACUCGUCAGAAAUAUCAUAAGAUCUGCAACGGGUAUACAUGUACAAAACUUGGAGUUGGAUCAAUUGAAAAUCCAACUUCACAAAGAGUUAAAUCAGAAGCGGUAUUUGUUGGUACUGGAUAACGUUUGGGACCAGAACCCUGAAAAAUGGGAUGAACUUAGAACUUUGUUGUCGAUUGGUGCUAAUGGGAGUAAAAUUGUAGUGACCACUAGAAGCCGAACAGUUGCAUCGAUCGCGGGAAUUCAAUAUUACUUGAGUAGUCUCACACAAAGUGAAUCUUGGGCUUUGUUUGAAAAAACGGCGUUUAGACAUGAAGACACAGUAAUUAAUCCAAACCUCUUACCAAUCGGUAGAGAAAUCAUGAGGAUUUGUGAAGGAAUUCCUCUUUUCAUUGAGAUUAUAGGAGCAAUGUUGUGCUAUAAAACCGAAGCAACUGAAUGGUCAUCCAUUGCAAACAAUGAACGUCUAAUAUCACUAAGAGAUGGAGUGAACGUUCUGACUGGAAAAUCCCUAAGGACUCUUUUUCUGCUCUCUGACCAUGAUUCUAAAGAUGAUGCAAUAGCAAAUACAAUUAUUUCAAGUUGCAGGGGCUUGCGUGUGUUGCACCUGAAUGCAUUAAUAGAUAAGAAGGUGUCGCAGUCCAUAGUCAAAUUGAUUCAGCUGAGAUAUCUUGAUCUUUCCAACAGUGACUUUGAAGUACUUCCUGGUGCUAUUACAAUGUUGCAGAAUUUGCAGACACUGAGACUUUUAAGGUGUGGAAAACUUAAAGAAUUGCCAGGAGAUAUAGAAAAGUUGUUGAAUCUGAGGCAUCUUGAGAUUCAGGGAUGUGAACGUCUGACUCACAUGCCAUCUGGGUUGGGACAAUUGAGUAUGCUUUGA